AUGAGGGGAGGGGAGGUUUGGGUGUCUCCCGAGAAGACGGACGGGGCACUGCAGACGCCGCACCUGUCUGUUAUGAAAGAGCUUUCACGCCCCCACAAGCCCAGAACUGCAGUCCCCGCCGUCAACGCGCGCAGGGCGGGCGGGCCGGCGGUGUCCCGGCGGUGUCCCGGCGGGGUCGGGGGCCGGGUGUCCGGGCCAGGCCGGGCGGCAGCGACACCGCCAGGCCCCGCGCCCGGNCGGGAGCAUUGUGUUCUUCCCUCAGAUACCUUCUUAGCGAAAGGCUCUGCUAAUCUGGACAAGUUAAAGGACCUCUGCAAGGAAGGGAAAGAACAUCCUUCCACGCUUUUUCAGCUCUAUACCCAGGCUGUCCUAGACAUUACAUAUUUUGAGGAAAACCAGCUUGUGGAUGAAGAUUUUCCAGAAGAAUCUGCCUUGCAAAAACUUAAAGAACUUAUUUCUGUUCUUUCAGAACCAGAAGACCUAGUGAGGGAAUGUGGCAUAAAAGAACCCAUUAACAUCCUUGGAGCAGAGUUGUUAGAAUGUCUUUACUGGAGAAAAGGAGCCCUGCUUUACAUGUAUUGCCACACAGCAAAAGAAAGGAGUGAAUGGCUACAAGAAAACAUUGCCACAUUUAAAAAGUGUCUUAAUGAUGGAGUUCAGUACUUGAUGAAGAUGCUUAGCUUUAGAUGCCCUCUUCAGCUAGAUGAAGAUAUCUCACUUCAAGAUAAAGACACAGCUAGAUUACUCAGUGAAGGUAUAUUUAGUGACACUCACUUGCUGGCAAUGAUGUACAGUGGAGAAAUGUGCUACUGGCGACUGAAACACUGUGGAGAAGGGAAGCAAGAAAGCCUUGAGUCAAUAGAUCCUGUGUCUAACAGUGACCUGGGCAGCAGAUCACAGAGCAUAUCGCUGGAUUUCCAAGAAACAGGGAGACUCAUGUUAACAAAGUAUGUGGCCGUAUGUGAGGGACCCUUAAAAGGUCAAGGGUGGAACACAACAACUGCAAAACAAAUGCUGCAUUACUUCCUGAAAUCCCACGACUAAGAUCCACUGCAUUGUCUUUGCCAGAAGAAGACUUCUGGCACAGGAGCACACUCUUCGUCACAGACUUCCUUUCUUUUUCUUUUUCCCAACCGAAAUGUGUACUUCUGUUGCAUUAAAAGCACGCAUUCAAGGAC